AUGGAUGCCCAAGCGGCCCAGCUGCUGGCCACAGUGCACGAGCUUUGGCCUCAACUUGCAACAUAUGGCCACCGCAACGUCUGGGUGGUCAAGCCGGCAGCCCUCUCUCGAGGACGUGGUAUCUUUUGUGAGAAUCGGCUCGAUUUCAUCCUCCAAACCAUUGUGGCUGGCUCCAGCCAGGAGACUUGGGUGGCGCAAAAGUACGUGGAGGAUACGCUAUUAAUCAACGACACCAAGUUUGAUAUUCGGCAGUGGGUUGUUGUGACAUCUUGGAACCCACUUGUUGCCUACAUUUAUCGCGACAGCUACCUCAGGUUCAGCUCUGUACCAUUCAACCUGGACAAUAUCCACUCCAAGGAAAGCAGCGACACCCAUUUGUGUAACAACAGCAUACAAAAGUCUGCAACCAUACGGCCCACCGACGAGUGGGCUCCCGAAUGCAUGUGGUCAUCUAACCAGUACCGCGCACAUCUUGAAGAACAAGGGCAAGGCACCGCUUGGGCCGAAAGAAUUUUUCCCGCCAUGUGUCAAGUGACUCGCUCCGUCCUUCUUGCUGCUCAACCGCAAAUGCACGCCCGUAAGAACAGCUUUGAGCUCUUUGGCUUGGAUUUUAUGUUUGACGCACAGCACAGUGCCUGGCUCCUUGAGGUCAAUGCUUCACCCGACCUAAGUCACUCUACAGCCGUCACAGCUGAUCUCGUGCCACGAGCACUCGAGGAUCUGGCGAAGCUAGUGCUUGAUCGCCGAGAUAACCGCAAGGCUGACAUUGGCAAUUUUGAGUUGAUCAUCAAGGAA